UGGAGUAGGCACACUAGGUCAGACAAGUGGGUGACUUUAGUGCGUAAGCGUCCGUACAGACCAUUCCAACAACAAACGUAAAGGUUUUUUUUUUGUUCCACUGAGGCGUGCACUUUUCGCACCAUCGCACGCUCUGGAGGACGCGGGCAGACAGUGGUCAGUUACGCUAUUGUUGUUGUUGAUUCGGUUUUUGGUGGCGGCCGUGUUGUUGUGGUGGCCUGUCGUAGCUCGUUCCUCGUCAGUGCGGUGCUUUCCCUCGGUCAGAACGCAGUGGAAAAGUUGGUAGCUCUUCAGUGCUGCUACACCGAGGUGCGCCCAUACUCAAGAUGACCAAACAGCAGCGUCAGGCAGUGUCUAGGUGUCGUUGCUAAAUUCAAAGAACGAACACACAAAACAACCAUUCUCGCCAACGAUCAACCAACGUUGCUUACGACGGCAAAGAGAAAGAAGACGGCCGUUGUCAACCGCUAUCAACUAGAUCCAGCACUGUACUAGAACAGCCAAGUGCCUCGUCAGGAAAGUGUUUUUAUGUGUUUCUUUGAAGGACGUUCGUGUCUUCCGGGGUGGUCGGUGGAGUUUGAGUUCUCAGUUUUUGUUUAAACUCAGAGUGUAUGUCUGUGUGUGUUUGUGUAUCUGGAGAUGCCUAAUAUGGCAUGGUGUCUUCAGUAAUUGCAGGCAUUCUUCCGCGAUCUGAUCGUACCAUCUGUCAGACACACGGCAAGUCUCCGCAGCAUCUGACAUUGGUGGAGACAGAAACGGCCGAGGCGAAGGCACGCGCAUAUUCUCGCCGGGGCUGUGUGUGUGUGCGCGCGCGGGAGAGCAUUUGCACUGCAAUUAACCACCUGGUGCAUACCUAGGAUCGAGCGUGCGAGAAUGAGAAUAAAGCGCCACGAUCCCUCGUACCGUACGUGGCGUUGUGUCGUUUGCAAGUGUUUCCUCCGACCCAUUUACAGUCGACGGUGUAGUGCUGCUGGGUCCUCGAGUCGCUCGCGAUGUGCGUUAUGGUGUCGACGUCCCUAAGGGUGCGCGUACUACUGUGUGUUCUGACGGUGAUCCUUACCAUCGAUACGAGUGUAACCGGUGUAAGGUUUAAUGAUACCGUGCCGGAAGCGAGUACCGGUUCACGGGAUGCACGUUUCUUGAAGUACGACGAAGGAUUCAGUGGUGAGGAGUUCAGUCUGUACCCGGUGCGGUGGAAUGACGAUGGCAAAACGACCGAACGGUACGAUGAGGACGGUGGUGAGCUAGUACGGCUGGUGGAGGGUGGUUCAGAUUUGAGUCCGGACCCAUAUCGUGUGAUAGAGGUGAAGCCUUUCGUUUCGGGACGCAUUAGAACUACUACGAACAGGUACAGGGAUGAAGGUGUCUACGAGAAAUUGAGUACCAGUGAUAUCUCGCGUACACCGUUGGGCGCUACCUUCCACAUCGCUACUAAUGGCGAACUAGGAGACACGGGCGGCUACUACCCGGCUACGGCGGCCCUUCAGUCGCAAGCUGAACCGGUAGUGAUGGCGACGGCGGCACCGUCUUUGUCACGUGUUUCAGAGUUCGUCCGUAGUAUGCUGCAACGAUUUGGCGUAUAUCAGUACAUUGAAGCGUACCAGAGUAAGGGUGGUAGUGGCGGUAGCAGUAGUAGCAGUAGUACAACUUCUACAACAGGACCAUCCGGACUAUCAUCACACCUGCAGCGCAUCAUACCGCACCGCUUUCGGCCACACUUUGUCAACACGGCCAAGGGUUUGCGAAACAUUCCAUCCCAGCUGAACGACGGCCAGUUGCAACCGGCACCGGAAGAUGCAGCGAACGGACCGGACAUAGGACAGGUGUCUGGUGGCGCGUUGGGCCAAACACCUGGCGGCGGUGGUGGUAGCGGUACGACCAAAACACCCGGUACAACGGCUGGUAGUUCCGGCACGAUCAGCUCACUGUUCAACGCCUUCAAGCGCAAAGUGAAAGCGAUCUAUCCGGGCACCGUCUGGUGCGGUGACGGCAACCAGGCAAAGAGUGAGAACGACAUCGGGUUCUUCUAUCUGACCGACACCUGCUGCCGGGCGCACGAUCUCUGCCCCAUCACCAUUGCGGCCGGCGAACAGUUUAACCGGCUGAAAAACAAUGGCUACUUUACGCGCUCGCACUGUGACUGUGAUAAACAAUUUUUUAACUGUCUGAAGAACGCCAACACGCUCGUUUCCCGCCAGAUCGGCUAUACGUACUUCAAUCUGUUGAAACCACAAUGCUUCCGCUACGAACAUCCCAAGCUGAACUGCACCAAAAGGUACUUCCGAGGGAGGGAAGGAAAAAGCAAUCUUUUUUUUGCACUUACAUUUCACGCUCUCUCACCCCUUUUUUUGCAGAAGCAAAGGCAAAUGCUUAUCGUACGUCGUGGACGAGAAGCAAAGCAAGCAGUGGCAGUGGUUCGAUAAUCUCAUCUUUUAGCCGCCGUGUACGGGUGUUGCCGUAUGCAUUAAGGAGGGUCCGAAGUUAUGGCGUGAACCACGAAACCCUACGCAGUCGUGGGUAAAGUUGAAGGUACGAAAGGCACGCAUCGAUCCGAUCGACGGAACCACAAAACCCGGCGGCAAUGCUGUGAAGUGAAGUGAUUUUGUUUUUUUUUAAGUAAGCGCAAACCAUGUUACGUGGAAGCUAAAUAAUGCCAUGGCAAAGCCACGCACCGUAUACCGUGUCGAAUAAUAUGCUAGAUGUAAAACGCGAUCGACUUACAGCAUAAGCGGUGGAAAAGUGCAUAAGUAUUGUCUGAGUGAAAGACGCCCCCAAAACUCUCUUACUUAGGCAUCAAAUGCAGGUUCGAUAAAAAAAAAGUUCGAUUAAUUACCAAUUUUUGUGAUAGCAAGUAACAGCUACAAUA